AUGCUGAGUACGGGCGCGGCCUGGGCAGACAGCGACGCGGGAGGGGGACCCCCGGUGCCCCCUCCCCCCUUUUCCCCUGCUGUGACCCAGCAGCGUCCCUCGCCUGCCACCCUCUUAGAUCAGGCCGCUGGCCUGACACCUGAGCAGCCCUCUGCACCUCCCUUGGUGGAUCCCCCCUCUGCAUCGGGGUCAAAGGCCGAGACUUCAGGCACCAGCGCGGUGGCACCACCUGAGGCUGUGACCCCAACCCCGGCAGAGGAAACCCCAAAGCCCAGCAAGAAAAGGAGGCGGUCACGCCUGGGUGAGCUCCAAGAGAUACGGCAACAGCUCGCUCAGCGGGAGCUCGAGCUGCUCUCCAAGGAGAGAUCGCUGUCGGCGCGGGACCAGGACAUCUCCGUCCUGCAGGAGGAGCUGGAGAUCGAAAGGAAGCUGCGAGCCCUGCUGACAAAGGACAAGGAGAAGGCGGAGGAGGAGGCUGCACUGGCCUUUGGCCUCUGCACCGGCACCAGCAUGCUGCCAUGA